AUGGAGGACAGGGUUAGCAAAUAUUUCGAUCAAUUGACUUUUGCCGACCGCCAUAACCCGCAUCCGAUAACCAAAGAUGAACAGUUAGAUUAUUGCGAUAAAUACAAACUGAACGAACUAUUAAAGUUUACCAACGAUGUGGUCGCAUGUGUGGCCAAAACCGGUAAACUUAAACGUCUAAUACUAUUGUCAGUGAAAGAGACAAAAGAUCCCGAAGUUUGCGAAGAGUUGGCCGAUAAACCCGAACUGUUGAGCGAAUAUCGUAAUAAAUCACAGCAAAUGCUGGCAAUCGGUAAUAAAAUGUUUGAUGUUAUGGCCGAUGGUAUCAAAUCGGAUACUAAACUAACGGUAUCGAUGUUUAAUUGUUAUCUUAAAAAAUGGUCGACCGAAAUAUGCGCCCUAUUAUCACCAGAAGCUCGAUACUAUCAUAUUAAACGUUUCGAUAGUACAACCGGUAUGGUUAUCGACUAUCUUAACAACGAUAGCGGCAUUCAAACGGCCAGUGAAUGUGAUUGGCCUAAAUCUGAUACAUAG